AUGACGACGUCAUUGGACGCAUUCAUGAAUCGAGUCAUAUCAGUUGUGACUGGAGAUGGACGGAAUAUAGUAGGAAUGAUGAAGGGAUUUGACCAGCUUGUGAAUGUGGUUCUCGAGGACUCACAUGAACGUGUGUAUUCCGAAACGCAAGGUGUCGAACAAAUACCGCUGGGUUUGUAUAUAAUUCGAGGAGACAAUGUGUGA